AGCAAGGGCGGCGACCUCGACACCUCAGCUGCUGGCACGCACUACUCACAGCACGACCACAUGGCGGUUUCCACCCUCAACAUGGCACCCUACUUUACGGGAUACCCUUUUCAAGGCCAGGGCCGCGUGAACCAGCUCGGAGGGGUGUUCAUCAAUGGGCGGCCGCUGCCCAACCACAUCCGGCUGAAGAUCGUCGAGAUGGCGGCGGCCGGCGUGCGGCCGUGCGUCAUCUCCCGCCAGCUGCGAGUGUCGCACGGCUGCGUCUCCAAGAUCCUCAACCGCUACCAGGAGACCGGCUCCAUACGGCCCGGCGUCAUCGGCGGCUCCAAGCCGCGCGUCGCCACGCCCGAGGUGGAGGCGCGCAUCGACGACUACAAGAAGGCCAACCCGGGCAUCUUCAGCUGGGAGAUCCGCGACCGCCUCAUCAAGGACGGCGUGUGCGACAAGAACAGCGUGCCCUCCGUGUCGUCCAUCAGCCGGCUGCUGCGGGGCGGUCGCCGCGACGACGCCGACCUCCGCAAGAACCACUCCAUAGACGGCAUCCUCGGUGCGAGCAGCGCCGACGAGUCGGACACGGAGUCGGAGCCGGGCAUCCCACUGAAGCGCAAGCAGCGGCGGUCGCGGACCACGUUCUCUGGAGACCAGCUCGAGACGCUGGAGCGCGCCUUCCAGCGCACGCAGUACCCGGAUGUUUACACCCGCGAGGAGCUCGCGCAGAAGACGAAGCUGACAGAGGCUCGGGUGCAGGUGUGGUUCAGCAACCGGAGAGCACGCCUCCGCAAACAGCUGAACAGCCAGCAGCUGAACGCCUUCAACUCCAUGUCGCUACAACCGGCAUUCCCCACGCAGUACGAUCCCACAGCCAACUUCAAUGCACAGGGCCACGCUAGUUCGUGGGCGCAGUCGGGCUACCCCACGGCCGGCGCCGCAGCGCAGCACUGCCAGGCGUCGCCCUGGACGCGGCCGCACCCCCAGCACCCGCAGCCCGUGCAAACCAAGCAGGAGGUGUCGGCCGCCGCCGCCGCGGCCGCCGCCUGCUGGCCCGACAACUACAGUUUGUUCGCGAGCGGAGCAACGCACUACGGUGGUGCCAACCUGACGCCGCACUCUCCCGGAGAAGCGAAGUCCGGCUACCCGUACUUCGGCCAGCUGAGCAGCAUGGAUGCCGGGAUGGUUUGCAGUCGUGUCCACUAGGCUCCACGGGAAGCAGCGAGGAAGGGGCCAGACGCUGGCCGCGUCACACUGUCAUCUCGCCGAUGUUACUGUGCCGCCGUCCAAACCUGCUACCGUGUUAUCGAAACUUUACGAUUCGAGCGAACAGUCGACGAAACACAGCUUGCUGCAGACAUUCUGCUGAACAUAUGCCAAUCAUAGGACAAAGUGGCACAAACACCAUUUACUGAUAGCAUAUUCCAACUGCAAGCAGCCACAGGUUACUCCCCAUCACACCUGACAAAUACUGUGAAUUGGAACCCGUCUCUUUUGCUAAACUUAGCAAGUAAUCUCACUAAUGAUCAAGCCAUCUCGAAUGAAAAUAUGAAAUGUGUUAGUGGAUCGUAUGCGAGUGACAGAGCGUGUGACGUUGGUUUUUCCAGCAUAGUUCUCACAUCUGCAGCUUUCCGCUUAUUCAAAACAGUGUAAUCUACAGUGUUGAGUGUUUGACUUCAGCUUCGGACAGUUUGUUUCCUGCAGGGAGAUGUCACGAGUGAUUCUACAUUUUAAUUAUUUGACUUAUUUUCACGGAACGAAUUCUUCGUUAAGGAAAUAUUCCUGCUACUACGCGUCAUUAUCUCUCUGUCUAUGCUAAAUCAGCAAUAGGAUGUUGAUUUGUGUGUGUUAUGUAUGUAACACCAGAAACCAGGUCUCACUUCAAAGACAUUAAAGCGUGGUCCUUUUUUCACACUGACAAUGAAAUUCAUAGCUUCAGACGUUAAAGUAAUUCCUCGAACGUCGUUCAAUCUGUGAGCUUUGUUUUCAGUCCAUGUGCAG